CGCUGUAGCCGCCGGGGACGAGGAUGGGGCGGCGCCGCCGCCGCCUCCUCCUGCUGCUCUGGGCCCUGCUCGGCUUCCUCCAUCCGGGAGCCCCGGCCCGGAGUGUGCAGCAUACUUAUGAAAAUGUUAAACUAAUGCAGAUAUCUGUGCACCCAACUGCUACAGUGCAGAUUUCAUCGAAUGAAGAAGAAAGCCCCAAGGAUCAGAAAUCAGCAGACGCUAAGGAAGAAGAGAAAACUUUGGAUGAUCUUGUGGGUGUUUUGCAAGACAUGGUAAAAGAUAUUCCAACACUGGAACCACAAGUCCCCCAACCGACCGAGCCACCAGUGGUCAUCACACCCGUCAUAGAGCCUUCCCAAUCAGAAGCAGUUGAAACUGUUUGGGUAAGUUUGAAGCCAACACCUAGGGAAGAACAAGCGGAGACAUCAGAAACAGUUAUCUCGGCCGACCAAAUUUCCCCUGCCAGCACAACAGCAUUGUGGGAAGUACAAGAUAGCACAAGUGAAUCUGUUUCUCUGCACACCACUGAGGCUACUGAGACUACUACAGGAAAACCACUGGUCAGUCUUUCACUCUUUAUAGAAAAGGCUACUACCAAAAAAACAGUUAAGGACUUUGAUCAGCUAACAAAUGGAGCCUUGUCAAACCUGGAGCAGUCGCUAGAAAACGUUCAGAAAUUAAAUGGGAUACUUGAUACGUUCACGGAAAAACCAGCGGGUCAGCAAAGUGAAGGUGGGAAAGAACAUAAGAGGAAGCCUACAGCCGAAGACAUCUUGGACUUGAUUGAAGAACUAAUCGAAACCUUGAAAAGUACACCUUCCUAUGUGAAAGAAGACCGAAAUCUCUAUAAAUACAUUCAAACAGCAGAGAUCUACAUUAAACAGGCUCUGGAGCUAACAGUAGAAGCAGAGAAGAAACUUCAGGAGGAGAAUCAUUUCUUGCCUUCAACACCUCCACCUGCCCAAGAGGAGAAAACGGCCCCUAUGCCACUUCCAGAACCUUUGCCUGUUCCAACCGUGAUUGUCCAAUCAAUAUCACCUCCGCUUGAGCCUUUAACAAAAAAGGUAGAAGAUGUACAAGUGAAAAUGGGCAAGUUAAAAGCCUUUAUUAACUUGCUGUAUGGUUUUAGUCCCCAGCUAACGACAUACACGCAUAAUACUGCCCAUAAAAAAGUGGCUGAGGAUAUUGUUGAGAGAGCCCUCGCAGUCCUUGAUGCUAUCAGGAGCGUUUUCUGUGGAAGCAAAGAAGCACAGAGCAAAGGGGCCCUAAAGCAGCUAUUGAAGGAAGACAUGGAGCUUGUGAACCAAGCCAUGAAGGCCAAAAGAGUCUCUUAAGACGGCCCGUUUGUUUCCUGGCAGUGUCGCUAUUUUUCAGCAAAUUUACAUUUGAUCAAAUACCCCCUUUGUAAUAGCCAUGUAGGUGU